AUGGAAAGCAUCGCAGGAAGAAGAGGAACAGAACAAAGAAGCUAUUCUCGUCAGUUUGUCUAUGAAGACUUCCAGCCUUCUUCUGACUGGACCCAGGAUUCGGAAUGCCACAUCCUCCUCGUCGAUCUUCCUGGUUUCAAGAAGGAGGAAUUGAAGCUACAGGUCGACAACUUGGGCAAAAUAACAGUCGGCGGAGAGAGAUGGUUGGGUGAAGGCAAAUAUAGCCGUUUCAAGCAGGUCUUCAGCUUGCCUGAGGAUGCAGAUGCUGACAAGAUCAAGGGCAAAUUUGACUGUGGCCUUCUCUUUGUGAUCAUACCAAAGAAAGCAAAAGAAGUGAAGGAAGAAACCAAGAAGCAGGAGCAAGAGAGUGCUACUGAAACAGAAGAAGAGGAGAGGCAAAAGAGUUGA